UCAAAGUUUUUGUCUUUUCACACCUCAACACUAUUCGUUUUUCAAGCGUAAUCUCCGCCAUUUUCAGCGGGAAAAUCGCAAUUCCCAUUUAUUAUUUGGCCGAAAAAUAGCGGUCUAAAAACUGUGAAAAAAAAAGGUGCUUUUCAAGUCUUUCUGUAUCAGGGUUUUUCUGAGGAGAUUUGGGAGUGAAGAUUGGCGCGAAUGAACUGAAUUUGAUGUAUUGACAUUUAAAUUGAAGUGCCCAAACAGCUAGUCUAUGGUGGUACUGAAAAAUCUAGAACUCUAGAAGCAGAACAAAUGGCGUGACUAAUGUUUUUGGCGUCCUGUUGGGUUGGGGUUUGAGAACAAAGUAGAUUGGAUGAACCCAUUUGGUUUUGGAACUUAAUUCUGUGAUUCAGUUGUUAUAAAAAAAGAAAGUUGAGCCUUUGAAGAAAAAUUGGAAAUUUUAAUUCAGGUAGUCUUGUGGAUUUUUACUUUGAAUUUAUUAGAUUUUGAUGGCUCAGCCUAAUUCUAAGAAACCAAUAAAUCAGAAUUAUAAUGUGAUGAGUUGUCACUCGAGAUCUUUAUCUCAACCCACGUUUCUCACUAAUAGUGGCUUGCCCCCAUUAAGUCCUUUUUCUGGUACUGAGUUGUUGGCUUCUUCAAACUAUAGUUUAAAGGACAAGGUGAUGGAGGAAACAGAUGUUAAUCGGGGGCCACCACUUACUCCAUCCUUUCCGAGGAAGAAUGUGUGGCAAGGUAGUGAUGGUCUUCUCCUGUGUAAAGGUCAUCAACGUUCUAGCAGUGAUGUUCCAUUAGGAUUUUUGAGUAUGAUUAAGUCUUCCCCUCUAUUGGUGCCUAUAAGUGGUCAGGCAGUAUUGGGGAAUACGAUGCAUAUAAGAGAAAAUCUUGGAAAUGGUAAAUCCAUUGGGUUGAAGAGACGAGAAAUGGAUACAAGUAAUGAUAAUAGGAGCAAUGCAGAGGAGAAAGGUGUUAGGAAAUCAGAGGGGGAGGUGGAAGAUGAUUUGUUUAAUUCAUGGGUGAAGUUUGAUAGUGUAGAUUCAUUGAACUCAUCAGGCAUUGAGGAUAAAGAUAAGGACAUUGUCGUUUGUGGCACAAAGAUGAGUGGUGGUGACAACAACAGUACUGAAUCAGAAUCUGUCUCUAGGCAUGGUUCGAGUUCAAGGGAAGACAUCAAAAAGACCACGGCUGGCGAUAUUGCGCCUCCAGCCUUGCACUACAGGAGUCUUUCAAUGGAUAGUGCUUUUGGAAAUUUGAAGUUCGGUGAUGAGUCACCAAUUUUUUUGGAAAAUCCAGAGGGUUGGCUACCUCAAACCAAUUCAAUGACUGAAAACUCUUGUAAACUCAACCUGGAGUUUGAGCAUGGUCAGUUCAGUGAAGUUGAGCUUAUAAAGAUUAGGGGAGAUGAGAUGCUUUCUGAAAUUGCCUUCUUGGAGCCCAAACGUGCAAAGAGGAUAUUGGCUAAUCGUCAAUCGGCUGCUCGUUCAAAGGAGCGUAAACUGCAUUACAUCUCAGAAUUGGAACACAAGGUGCAAACUCUGCAAGCAGAGGCUACUACAUUGUCAGCGCAAGUUACUAUACUACAGAAAGACUAUGGUGAGCUAACAAGUCAGAACAAUGGAUUGAAAUUCCAAUUUCAAGCCAUGGAACAACAGGCACAACUGAGAGACGCUCUGCAUGAGGCAUUGACCACAGAAGUUCAAUGUUUAAAGAAGGUAUUGACUGCAGAAGUCCAAUGUUUAAAGCUUGAAAAUAUGGAUCUUAAGGAAGAAGAGAGACUGUCCAACUUCAUGGUGCAUCAGGUGCCCCUGAAGCAUCACAUUUUCCAGAUGCAGCAUCAGCAGCCAAGUCAAAUCCAACUAUUAUCAGUUGCAAAAUCCAUUACACCAACAACUACAAGUACUCCUGCCUCGGCAUAGUUGUCUGGUUUCAAGGCAUGGAGUGGUGAGUCUCAAGUUAAUAUUACGUACAUUUGACCAUUCAUGAUAAGCAACACAGUUUUCUGAGCUUGAUUUAGACAAUCUGUUAUACCACAUAUUUUUGUCUUUACUCCAUUAUAUUUAUAAUGAUUUACACAGUGAAUAAAUAUUUUGUUCAUUGCA